AUGAUUACCUCCAGUCCCGUCCUAGGCUACUCGGCAACCAACAUCGGCGCACUGACUACCACCUUCACUCCCCCAGCUACCUGUACGGACGCCUCCAAAUCGAUUGGAAACCAACUUGUUUUAUCUACUUUGGACGGGUUGACGUUCCCUGUCAGACAGGACUGCAAUCCCUCGCCUGCCACAGCUUGCUUUCCGAACGGCGCAGCGUAUGCAAAAAUCAUCACCGACGACCUGAGUCCCUUUGUGCCGUAUUAUUCCCCUGCAAUCAACUGCCCGGCAGGAUGGAGCACUAUUGCUGUCGCCGACGCUGCCAAUAAAACAGUGUCUGGUUUUUUGCAGCCCAGCCCGGCAAGCGACAAGAACGUAACGGAAGAUGUAGGGUACUUUUACGGCAGAGAUUUUGUAAAGCAUCUCGAAGACAAGGAAACGCUGGUUGUUUGCUGCCCUAGUGGCUACACCCACGCGGCACAUGCGCUGUUUGGCUGUGAAAAGACGAUUGGCACCAAGGGUUCUUUUCCUGCGAUUACAGGCCAAUGCAGCUACGCUAAUGAGAGUGCGGGCUUCAAAACUAUAGCCACUCUUACUAGCGAUGGUGGUUACUUGGUUCAGCCUACCGAGCCCCCCGUCUACACCACCGUACCGCUCAACGUCUCCGAUGAUGCGCCGGUUAUUGCGGUUGCGAAUGCCAUCUACAUGGUGCACAAGGACUCGGAUAAGAGCAGCGCGCCUAGCAUGAAGCUUGGGGCUGUGAGCGCCAGCGUGUUGGCUCUCUCGCUUCUCUUUACCAUGUGGUGA